AUGAGCGGAGGCACUUCUGUACUUGGAGUGGCUUCACCGGACCACCAUAGUUCCAGUUCAAGUACAACUCUCUCAGACAAAGAUGCCGAGGCCAUACUGCUUUUUGAAAAAGCAAUUGAGAAGGAGUCACAUGGGCUGAUGUCAGAUGCGGUGGAAUUAUAUAGAAAGGCAUUUAAAAUCAAUGAGCAAGUCGAUGCUCUAUAUAGAGCUAGUACUGUGGCUCAUACAGCACAUAAGCUUAAGCUGGAAGGAGGGAAAAACACGUUGAAGAAAGUCGAUGAAGAUGUAGUAAGACGAAUUGACGUUGAUAAGCUUAUCGCCAGCUUCAGGCACAAUGAAGCUCAUGCUCCAGAUCCGAACAAUCCAGACCAUCAUGAGGAAAUGCUAACCAUCAAGUUUGCCAACCUUGCUAUGGGUGAUACCUAUGCUGAUCUUAAGCCGGUAUCGCCGUUGAUUCAUUUACCGAACGAUGUGUGGAUACGGAUACUUGAAAUUUUGUUGAUAACGUCACCUGAAUCCUGGUUUCAGUUUUCGAUUACUUGUAGAAAGCAUUCAUACUUGGGGUUUGGAACCUCUGAAGUAUGGCGAAAGCUCGCUAACUUGGUGUAUCCCAAUCAAGUCUAUGAGGAAAACAAGUUUUUCAUUGAUAAUAUGCCUCUUCUGGGUCACAUCAACUACGAUCUGUUGCCGGUACCUAAGGAUCAGCUCAAGAUCUUGCCCCAGUACAAUGACUCUUGGAAGUACAUGUUGAACCAUCGACCUUUCAUAAAGUUCUUGGGCUGCUAUAUCAGCGUCGUCAACUACUACAGUGAAGGUGGUAAGGCCGAGUUUUCCAGCAGCUGGUCAAACCCUGUAAGAACAAUCACCUACUACAGAUAUUUAAGGUUUUAUCCUGAUGGAACCUGUGUCAAGGUGUUGACUUCUAUAGAACCUACUAAAGUCAUCCCCCAUCUUCUGAAGUACAACACUCUGGGCAAUGUAUAUCCCACGGCAGUCGAUCCUAGCAAUAAGCAGAAUGCACAUGCGCCAGUGAAGGAGAGUCAAAGGAUCUACCAUGGCCGAUGGACUCUCAACAUAGACGGCGAUGUCCAUGUCGAAGUAGAAAAUGGCUCUGUUCCAUACUAUCGGUUCCAUUACUACUAUCUGAUCAAGUCUGUUGGGGGGAUAUUCAAACACAACAAGUUGACAUGGAUCAAGUACCAUGCGAUCAGGAAGAAGAUGUCAGAGGAUGACGACCGAGAAGGAGAGAUUUCGGAGUUUUCUAUCAGGAACGAGAAGCCCUUCAAGUUCCUGAGAGUGAGAAGUUAUAGAUUAGAUAAUUAG